AAAUCGUUGCCAUAACGCGUCGAGCCGCAGCACGCAUCGUUUGGAAGUGAGUGCCAAUUGGCGAGAAUAUUGGAAGUGAAUUGUGUUCGGAACAUCAGCAUCUAUUGCGUGUUUUACGAGAUAGGAAGGCCAAGCCGCCUCUGUUGUGCGCCAGUGCUGCUCCAUUUCGCGUACUCAAGCCCCAAUGUGAGUCACAUCUGCUAAAACUGUCCAAGUGUCGAUAGAGACCGAUAGCGCGCUUGGCGGACGAUUUCUUUGGUUUCGUGUUUGGAAGCGCUGCCUCUGAACAGUGGUCCGCAUUGUGGCUAUCAGUGGUUAUCUCGCAGUGCCCAGUGCCAUCCCGAACAUUGUGCACCAUGGAAAGCACAUCCUGUGAGAAAAAUAACGUGGUGGACGCCCUGACCGCUGUGGAAAUGCUCGCAGCGCUCGAGCAGUAUCGAGCCGAGCUGUCGGAGAAGGAUCGAGUGAUUGCCGAUCUCAGGUCUCGCCUGGAGAUCCUAGAAGGCGUCAAUCACGAGCUUCAACUUCAGUUAGGCAGGUUUCACGACGUGUUGAAGCCUCUCACGGUGCAGCUGACUCACAACCUCCAGCUGUCGGCUGGUCGCCACGAGCAGUAUGCGCUGCCCACGGGAGGGGCACGGCUAAAGCGUCUCGCUAUCUCGGCAGAACCUGUGGACGUGGGUCUGCAGCACACGCCAGCCAAGAAGGUGCCUAAGAACGACGUAUCUCGGGAGCUGAUUAAGCAAGCAAUCCAAGACAAUGAUUUCAUGAAGAACCUGGAAACAGUGCAGAUCAAGGAGAUAACCGACUGCAUGUACCCAGUCGAGUAUGCCCAGGACAGCCUCAUUAUUAAGGAGGGCGAUGUUGGCUCUGUUGUCUACGUCAUGGAAGAGGGCAAAGUGGAGGUCACAAAGGAGAACAAAUUUCUCUGCACCCUUGGGCCUGGAAAAGUGUUCGGUGAGCUGGCCAUCCUCUACAACUGCACAAGGACAGCUACUGUCAAAGCUGUCAGCGACUGCAAGCUUUGGGCAAUUGAAAGGCAGUGCUUCCAGACAAUCAUGAUGAGGACAGGCUUGGUCAGACAGUCUGAAUAUACUGAAUUUCUUAAGAGUGUGCCUACAUUCAGGAAACUUCCCGAGGAAACCCUUGUGAAAAUAUCUGAUGUUCUUGAAGAGACUACUUAUGCACAAGGUGACUACAUCAUCAGGCAAGGAGCCAGGGGUGACACAUUCUUCAUCAUCAGCAAAGGAACUGUCAAGGUAACCAGGAAAGCACCAGAGGAGGCCAGUAGCACAGGAGAGGAGAUCUUCAUCAGGACCCUUCACAGGGGUGACUUCUUUGGAGAAAAAGCACUGCAAGGUGAAGAAUGUCGGACAGCUAACAUAAUAGCAGACGAUCCCGAGGGUGUGACAUGUCUAGUCAUCGACAGAGACUCAUUCAACCAGCUGAUGAGCAACAUUGAUGAAAUUCGAGGCAAGCAGUAUGAUGAGGAUGUGGGUGCAAGACAAAGGAUCAAUGAAGAAUUCGCAAACUUGAAGCUGAGCGAUCUCCGUGUAAUAGCUACACUGGGAGUUGGUGGCUUUGGCCGAGUUGAACUGGUACAAAGCAUGCAAGACCCAAUGCGCUCAUUUGCACUGAAGGUCAUGAAAAAGGCACAGAUUGUGGAGACAAGGCAGCAGCAGCAUAUCAUGUCUGAGAAGAUGAUUCUGGAGGAAGCCAAUUGUGACUUCAUCAUUAAGUUGUACAAGACAUUCAAGGACAGAAAGUACCUGUACAUGCUGCUUGAGCCAUGUCUAGGCGGGGAGUUGUGGACCAUCCUUCGAGACCGUGGCAACUUUGAUGACACCACCACAAGGUUCUAUACAGCCUGUGUUGUGGAAGCUUUUGACUACCUGCAUGCCAGGAACAUCAUCUACCGUGAUCUCAAGCCAGAGAACAUGCUACUUGAUGUACAAGGAUACAUCAAACUGGUGGACUUCGGAUUCGCCAAAAAGUUGGUGAAUGGGCGCAAGACAUGGACUUUCUGUGGCACACCUGAGUAUGUUGCUCCUGAAGUGAUCCUUAAUCGAGGGCAUGACAUCUCGGCAGACUACUGGAGCCUGGGAGUGCUCAUGUUUGAGCUCCUUACUGGCGCACCUCCAUUUACGGAUCCCGAUUUCAUGAAGACGUAUAACAUCAUCUUGAAGGGGAUCGAUGCUAUUGACUUCCCAAGGUGCAUCACACGCAAUGCAACAGCACUCAUCAAGAAAUUGUGCAGGGACAACCCAAAUGAAAGGCUAGGCUAUGGUAAAGGAGGAAUCCGGGACAUCAUGAAGCAUAAGUGGUUUGAUGGAUUCAAUUGGGAAGGCCUCCAUACCAGAACUUUGAAGCCACCUAUAAUUCCACAGGUGCGUCACAUGACAGACACAAGCAACUUUGACCGGUACCCACCAGACACGGAUGGUCCACCACCUGAUGACAUGACAGGGUGGGAUGCCAACUUCUGAAUGUUAGGACAAGGACUCAGUUUUUUAAACCGUGCGUGUUUUCGCAAAUGGACUCUUUCUUGCCAAUCGCCGGAAAAUCCUAGCGGGCCAGUCGAUACAGCCUCCAGCACUUUUCGCCCGUCAUCCUCCUUUGGAAUCCGGUAAAAGAUGUGGCCUACUUUUGGACAGAAACACAAGAGUGGUGCGUGCAGCUGCCGAAUGAUUGUGGUCCCCCAGUGAAAAACACCCUUUAAGAAGAGUGCCCUUCUCUGUUGGGCACUUCACAACAUGUCACAAGAAGGGCCCCGACUCUAGUCUUUGAUGCUCGUGUCCAAAGACUGCGUCUUGUCUUUGCACCCGGCUGUGAGAGUUGAUGUGUAAUGCUGUGGUGCCUGCUACUCUGACUUAAUUUGCAACCUUUUGACAAGGGUCAGUGAAGUGCGGCACUGCUGCACACACAGUGAUGGAAUGGGCGAUCUUAGCACUUAUUACACUGAUUGAAUCGGGAGCCUUGUUUCGAAGACCAAUUUCAGAAGCUCGCAUUGUUGCUCACUCUAUGAAACAAGCUUAUUCAAGGUAUACAGGUGCAGCAAUACUAUUGGCAAUGUAUACCACAUGUGGGCAGUAGUCACUGUAUUGACUGCACUUGGCAGUCUAUGAUGACAUAGGCCUGUGAUAUGCACCAAGCAUUCACUAGCACUCUACUUUUGCGAUUUCUCCUGAAGGUUAUAGUAUGGAGUCAUCAUAUUUUAGAAAACUGACAAACCUUCUAAGACAUUAUUAGCUUGAUCUUCAAAUGCAUAUCCCUGUGGUUUUAAUAGUUUGUCACCAUUCUAUUUCACUAUCACUUAUUGUGUGCUGUGACUCAUAUCUACAAGGAAGACAUGUUGUCUAUACGAGUACAAAAUGGGUAACUUUAGAACUUUAGCAGGUUAGUGUUUGAACUGUAUGCUGUUAGGCCAUGUCUUCUUGGCAGCAUGCACUUGGUUUUGGUGAAAACUCAUUGUUUUGAUUCUUUGUUUUAAAAUGAAGACUGCUUGUUUGCAUAAAAUUGCAGCCCCUUUCAGUGCUAACUGAUGAACUAAGCCAGAGAGAUGGCAUAGUGCUCUUUUUUCAUUGCAUGGAAAGGUUUGUACAACUUCCAACUCUUCCUGAAAGAGUCAAUUGAGUUGGAAGUGUCAAGCUUAAACAUAUUUCAGAGCUCCUGAAUAAUGAUUUAGGCAGUUGCUCUAUAAGUGCUGCUGCAUGCUCAGCUGACAAUUAUCUUUAGCAACAUAGUUUGCUCAUUGCAUGAAGUGUUGAGAAUAGCUUUUAUAUACUAUGCAAUAAGCUGUCUGUUUGUUGUUGUGCCUCUCUUGUGAUAUAAUGACAGUACUCUGAAUUUAAAUGCCAUUCUUUUGUUGGUGUUGUUGGUUAGCAUGCAGGUGUUAAAGCUGUAUAGAUCCAAGUGCUUUGAAAUUUUAGUCAUAUUAGUGUGCAUUCGAACAGCGACUGUCUUAGAUGGCUGUGAAGGCACCGCAAAGUCAUUUGAUCCUUGGGCCUCUUGGUUUCCCAUUAUACAAAUGUUAUGGUUGCUUCUUGUUCUUAGUGGUUCAUGCACUACACAUAGCCAAUAUUGUGUGUGGUAUUUUGACAAGAGCUUUUCUUUAUCACAUGCAGUGCAGACAGCACUGAAAAGUAAGAAACCUUAGGAAGAUAGACUUAUAUGUGAAGUAUGUUCCAAGUUGCACUGCUUUUACUUCAAAGAACAGAAAUGCAUGCUUGACAUGUAGGCUACAUUUUUAGCUUAUUUACAAAUUAAAUCAGUUGCAAUGAGCUCAGUUGGCACCUUGAAACUUGUAUGGGCCCAGUCUAAUAGAUAAACACAAAUGUACAUCAAGUCGACCAUAGGAAUGGGCAAGUAUUUUGUGAUGACACUUUGAUAUCUGAAAUAUUGUACAUGUGCAUUGUAAUACAAAGUGUACAGUACAGCCAUUUUGUUGACAGCUUAUUAUUAUUUCUUGUAUCGGUGCAGUAUUUCUUUUAUUAGUUAUGUUCACAGUUGUUAAUAAUGCCUGACCACAUAUAUUGACAUAUGAAAUAAUCAAAAAAAUUUGUGCCUAAUGUGUAAAUUAUGCAGUGCCUUCACUGUAUCAUACUUAUACCACCAUAAUCUGCCAGCAUAAGACACUGUGUUGUGUGUCUAAUUGAAUAUACUUUAAUGACUGCAUUGAAAAAUAGAUUAAAUGGGCCUUAAUUGUUCAUUCUAAUAAAUGUUUUAUUAUUUGCUCUGCACCACUGUUUUUUAUUACAAUGUGGUUGACAGAAAAAUGAACUUGAAGGACAGUGAAGGGUCUUGCUGUUUUCCUAUGUAAUUUUGUCUCUACAUAGGGUUGCUCAAGUUUUCAAACACAGAAGUAAAAAAGUAUCUCUCUGCUGUGUCUUUGCCAUCUGUUUUUCAACAUUUUUGUGCCAAAAGCAAAGAUUUUGUCUUUGAAUGUAACGAAAAAAUUUGUUUUGCAACGACUCUUGAGUGAAAAGUGUGCUGUGCAUUGUCUGUCAAAUGCAAACUUUUGCCCACGUGAUUUGUGGUGCCUCAAUGCAUCAGCCAUAUAUUUUUUUCUAUUUAGUUUUGUUUUUGUUCGCUCACAGUGAAUGCAAUAAUCACUGCAUGUAAGCAAGGUAGUUGAUGUUUAUAUAUAAAAAUACCAAGCUUUAUCUCAGUUUGAAUGCAAUAUAAGCUUUAUUGUUUUGUUAUUGUACAGAGCAGUACUUCUUUGUGCCUGUUAUGAUGUAGAACACCUUUCUAGGCUUAAAAAAUUAUUUUUUCUAUUGAUGUUCUUUAUGUGCACAUUAGCAAAAUGAAAUUGAUGUGGCUGCAGUAUCCACCACAGUAGUGACUAUAAGCACUUUCUGAACAGUGGCAUUGGAAUUGGGCAAAGCAAUUCUUCUGAACUGGUAUAGGAGGCCUGGAAGCUUUGACCUGUCACAUCAUGCUGGUAGACUGAUUAUUCCUAUCUAGUAAGCAUGGCAUAAUAAUGGUAGCGUAUCUACCGUCUUGCCAAUAUGCCCAUGUUAACUGUCAGCCUGCUUGUGUGAUAUCAUGGUUUUAUUUUUUGGGUGUCUGGCACUCUGGAUGCAUGCGAGAUAAUCAGGCACAUGGCUUUCACCUCCUGAACGUUGCUCUUAUGAAUUGCCCUUUUGUCUACUCUUCAAACUGCUAGACACAGCUCACCACUGAAUUUAACCCGUAAGAUAUUUUUGGCUGCACCAUUCUGAGUUAAUCGGCACAAGUGUUCUGCAGUGCUUGACACUGUUGUCGUGGGUUUAGCUUGCAACACAUUGUCUAAAGUUUUUUUUCCAGUUUGUUUUCCUAUACUGUUGUUUUGUCUUCAGCGAUAAAAAAAUUUUUUUGGAGGAACCUGCCAUUCGAUGAAUUAAAGUUUUGCUGUCCUGCUUGUUUUUGUAAAAGCGAGUCUUCCGUGUGAAGGCUGUUGAAUAAGUGUGCAACCAUGUUUCUUUCUUCUGUGGCUAGUUGUACUUUCAGUGAAGGUGUGAGAUAAUCUUUGCUGAACAUGUGCCAGGAGAACCGGUGUAAUGUGCAAGUGUUUAAAGUGACACCAACUUAGGAGGAAAAUAAAGGAUCCAUAUUUUGCUGCCAGGAAGGCCAA